AUGCCUCCAAAACGAACUAGAAAGAAGUCGAAAGCGCUUACUGAAGUGAAAGAGUCGGAUGGAGAAGAUUGCGAUGAUCUCGCAGAUUCUGCUCGAAGCUUACUCAAUCAUAUUAUUCUAACACACCCAAAGCUCAGGAUUAAAGAGAUCAUAGAGAGAGGGUCGGCAGCGACCAUAGCGGACCUGAGCGCUAACUUCUCGAAUGCCUCAGACUGGCUCCAUGCUCAAAAAGCUGCGCUGAAGGAAAUGAUGACAGAAGCAGGUGCCCCAAGCAGAGCCGUUCCAAAAACCCCUCGCCGAGGUGUAGCGUUUGCUCGUUUUCGGGAGACAGUUGAGAUGUAUAUAAGUCGUUCAUUAAUUCUCGAGGAGCAGUCGUCAGAUAGGAUGGGACGUGAGGACGAGGUCCAACUUACCACUACAACACAGGAUGAGCCUUCUUGUGAAGAAAGUGAUGGAGAAAGUUCUUACGAAGACGCAGUUGGAGGAAUACCAAUGAGCUCUGAAGAUACUGUACCAAUGCGAGUUGCAAGUGCUGGAAGUCACAGUAUAGGCGAUUCAGUUCCCACGUCAGAAACUUAUGUAUCUGCAAGUGAGAAUCCUGAUAGGUUACCGGAACCACAGCAUCCUGUUCAUAUAAAGGUAGAAUGCGUAACUCCACCAACUUACUCCUGCGAACAACCAAUUUUGUCCAUUCCUAACGUGGAAGUGCCCUCAGUUACAAAUGUCGUUACUAAGCAAGAAAUACUCUCUUCUACUCGAGAACGCGCUGGUAGAAGCGUCGCUAAUACUUUGGUGGACGAGUCUUCCAAGAGAGUUCUAAGGUCUGCCGCAAGAAUGAAAGUAGGAACAAGUUCUACGUCUGUAGCUAAACCUUGCGAUGAUGAAGCGUUCCCUUCAUUGUCAAGAUCACAUCAAAAGGACGUUCCAACUGCUGCAUUCCCAGAAGCAGAAGUUCGAGCAGCAGCCGGAGCAUCGCACACAAGACUACCAAGGGUAAUCCACCAACACAUUGUUACGACACCAUGUAGGCGGGAAUUCAAAUCUGCAGUUCAACGUGUAAUGGAUGAUCAGGAAAUUGCUCGGGCUUUAUCACCAAAGCGUGCUGUUGUACGAACUCCUCGUUCAAAAGGCAACGUUAAAACGUCAUCUCACGCUGAAAGCAUAAAUAUGGCAGCAAAGAUGAAAGCAGAGGCAUCACGCAAGGAGAAGGAACAGCAGGCAGCUUACCUAAGAGAAGAGCAAUGCAGAGAGCGUGCUGAACGAAUUCGAAAGGAACGCGAGGAGAAGGCGCUAAGAGCCCAAAGAAGACGGGAACAGAAAGAAGCUGAGGAAAAAUUGAAGGCGGAGGAGUUGAAGAAGAAGGAAGAGCGAGAUGAACGAAGGCGAGAAGAGAUUCGACUACAGAAGAGUCCAGCGCGGACACCUUCUCGUGUCGUUAGCCCAGCGAGAGUUCCGAGAGUGGUUCCAAACGCUCAGCCACGAUCUGCAUCAAAGGUUCUAUUUCCAACCACCCCAGGACGUGUUCCAUCAAAAAUAGCAAGGAUUGUGGAGGCAGAUGGCGAAACGUCACGAGAACCUACAAUGAACACGCCAUCGCGUGAAAAUCGUCGUAAACCAUUUCCACGCAAAGCACCUACAGCUGAUGGUUCAAAUGAUGGACUCCGAGUGGGGUCAACUCGAGGGGAAACUGAACUAGAAAAUAAGGAAGAGCAGGAAGAUAACCAGGACUGGUUUGCGAAACAUAGAGAAAGGCUGCGCUUGGAACAAGAUAGAUUCACGAAACUGAAUGAAGAUCGCUAUGUGGAAUUCAUAAAAAUGGAGGUUGACGAUGUUGAGGAAGAGGUUAAUCUCGAAGAAGAACUUCGACAUAUGCCACAUGGUCAAGAGAGAAAAGAAGAGCAGCAGAAAGAGAAUAAAGAAGAGGAGCAGAGAUUGACUGAAGAGGAAGAAAGACGGAAAAGGAAAGAACAUGAGGAGGCGUUUAUCCGGGAACAACAAAGGUUGGAACAGUUAGAAGCGGAGCGUAAAAAAGAGGAGGAACGCCGGCAGAAAGAGGAGCAGAAGAAGCUGUUAGAGGAGCAGCAAAAACGAAUAAUUGAGGAAGAGAAGAGGUUACGAGAGGAGGCUGAAGCAGAAAAAAAGGAAAAACAACGUAUUGAAAAGGAGGAGGCUAUGUUCCGCCUUAACGUGAGCUCUAGCGCUGAGCUUCAUAAUCGUCACUUGGACAACGUCAGUAUGAACGCAUCCCACAUCCAUAAUAAGUCUUCGUCUCACCAUUCCUCUUAUGAAAUGACACCUGAUAAGAAAUACAAAGCUGCAACUAAUAACAAUUACAACAUUGAUGACCUCUCGAGCGGGGAUGAAACCGAUGAGGAGGACGCUCCACGUAAAAAGGUUCCCACAUGGGCAGAGGGAGCGGAAUUCCGACUGACGAUUGAAAUGCAAUCAAAGAAACUCGCCAGCGGAGGAUUUGAUCCUGAGCUUUACUUCGGAGAAAUUGAAACUCCAGAUCUCGUGUUGAUUUUCGGAGAUAAAAAAAGGUAUCCGCGGCGUGGUUCAUCUGGAAUUUGGGAGUCACCUAUCGGUAAACCACGGCAGGGAGUUGUUCCGCGAUUUUUACUUAUGAGCAACUUCUCACAUCUUAUCGCUUGUCUGUUAAUUAUAUUGUUGUGUCGGUCUUAUUGA